AUGGUAGAGCUGGAGAAGGAGGUGCUCCCGCUGCCUCCACGGUACCGGUUCCGAGACCUGUUGCUGGGUGACUGGCAGGCUGAUGACAGGGUGCAGGUAGAAUUCUAUGUGAAUGAAAACACUUUCAAGGAGCGCCUCAAGCUGUUCUUCAUCAAAAACCAAAGAUCCAGUCUGAGGGUGAGGCUGUUCAACUUCUCUCUGAAAGUAUUGAGCUGUCUCCUCUACAUGGUCAGAGUCCUACUGGACGACCCACAGGAGGAGAGACAUGACUGUCUGGACUGUUCCAAACAGAAUGCAUCGGUCCACCCCAGCAGGACCCAGUUUGACUGGUCUCUUAUCAUCUGGGUGAAUAGGCCUCUGCCUCUGUGGGCUCUACAGGUGCUUGUAGCUUUCAUCAGCUUUUUCGAGACCAUGUUGCUUGUGUACCUCAGCUACAAGGGCAACGUUUGGGAGCAAGUGUUGCGUGUUCCCUUCAUCCUGGAGAUGAUCAGUGCGGUUCCCUUUGUGAUCACUGUGAUUUUGCCUUCCCUCAGAAAUCUGUUCAUCCCUGUGUUUCUCAACUGCUGGCUGGCGAAACAUGCCUUGGAGAACAUGAUAAAUGAUCUGCACCGGGCCAUCCAGCGUACUCACUCAGCUAUGUUCAACCAGGUCCUCAUCCUCAUCUGCACCCUGGUCUGCCUCAUGUUCACCUGUAUAUGUGGGAUCCAGCACCUAGAGCGAGCAGGAAACAACCUGACUCUGUUUGACUCGCUCUACUUCUGCGUGGUCACCUUCUCUACUGUGGGCUUCGGUGAUGUCACGCCCCAGAUAUGGCCUUCUCAGCUGCUAGUGGUCAUCAUGAUCUGUGUGGCGCUCAUCGUGCUUCCCAUACAGUUUGAGCAGCUGGCCUUCCUGUGGAUGGAGCGCCAGAAGUCUGGGGGGAACUAUAGCCGAUACCGGGCCCAGACGGAGAAGCAUGUGGUGCUGUGUGUCAGCUGCCUCAAGAUAGACCUCCUCAUGGACUUCCUCAACGAGUUCUUCGCUCACCCCAGACUGCAGGACUACUACGUGGUGAUCCUGUGCCCAGCAGAGAUGGAUGUCCAGGUGCGGAGGGUCCUCCACGUGCCCCUGUGGGCUCAGAGGGUCAUCUACCUGCAGGGCUCCGCUCUCAAGGACCAAGACCUCAUGAGGGCCAAGAUGGACGAUGCUGAGGCCUGUUUUAUCCUCAGUAACCGAUUCGAGGUGGACCGCUUCGCUGCUGAUCACCAGACCAUUCUAAGAGCCUGGGCGGUGAAAGACUUUGCCCCAAACUGCCCCCUGUAUGUCCAGAUCCUCAAACCUGAGAACAAGUUCCACGUCAAGUUUGCAGAUCAUGUGGUGUGUGAAGAGGAGUUUAAGUAUGCCAUGCUGGCCCUGAACUGUGUGUGUCCUGCUACCUCCACCCUCAUCACCCUGUUGAUCCACUCCUCUAGAGGACAGGAGGGCGGCGCAUGCUCAGCUGACCAGUGGCAGCGCACCUACCGCCGCUGCUCAGCCAAUGAGGUGCAUCACAUUUGUCUGGAGGAGAGCAAGUUCUUUGGGGAGUACCAGGGGAAGAGUUUCACCUUCGCCUCCUUCCACGCACACAAGAAGUAUGGUGUGUGUCUGAUCGGAGUGCGGAGGCUGGAAAAUGCCAACAUCCUGCUGAACCCAGGUCCCGGCCACAUCAUGGGCGGCUCAGACACCUGCUUCUACAUCAACAUUUCCAAGGAGGAGAACUCAGCUUUCGUCAGGGGCCACAGAGAGCCCACGCGGGGGGGGCCCAAGGGCAGUGACAGGGGGGUGGGGCCCCAGACCAUCUACCAUGGACUCACCAGACUGCCUGUCCACAGCAUCAUCGCCAGCAUGGGCACGGUGGCCAUUGACCUGCAGGACUCCAGUGACAGCAGCCCAGAGGGCCAGGGCCCAGGGGGCAUGACCAUGGGCAGUGGGGGAGGUGGAGGUGGCAGGGCCAGCCGGACAGAGGGGGGGUUGGGGGGCGCUAACACCCUGGCCCUUCCAGCCACAGCAGACUCUGCCGAGGAGAGACGCCACAGCAUCGCCCCUGUCCUGGAGCUGGUGGACGGGGUCAACUCAGCAACCUUCGACCCGCUGGGGGACCAAUCAGAGGACGAGGGCGGGGACGAGGGGAAGGAUGAGGGGGACGGAGACGAGAAUGGCCAGUGGUGGGGUGGACUCUGCGAGUGGGUGAAGGGGUACCCGCUGAACUCCCCGUACAUUGGCAGUUCCCCUGCCUUGUGUCAUCUGCUGCAGGAAAAGAUGCCCUUCUGCUGCCUGCGCCUGGACAAGGCCUGCCACCACAUCCCGUUGGAGGACGCUCGGUCCUACGGCUUUAAGAACAAGCUGAUCAUCGUGUCGGCGGAGAGUGCAGGAAACGGCCUGUACAACUUUAUUGCGCCUCUGAGGGCUUACUACCGCCCCAAGAAAGAGCUCAACCCCAUCGUGCUGCUACUGGAGAACAUACCCGAGCCAGACUUCCUGGAGGCUAUCUGCUGGUUCCCCAUGGUGUUCUACACAGUGGGCUCCAUUGACAACCUGGACAGUCUGCUGCGUUGUGGGGUGACGUUUGCUGACACCAUGGUGGUGGUUGACAAGGAGAGCUCCAUGAUCGCUGAGGAGGACUACAUGGCCGACGCUAAGACCAUAGUCAACGUCCAGACCCUCUUUAGACUGUUCCCAGCCCUCAGCAUCAUCACUGAGCUCACCCACCCAGCCAACAUGCGCUUCAUGCAGUUCAAAGUCAAAGACCACUACUCCCUGGCUCUCUCCAAGCUGGAGAAGAAAGAGAGAGAGAGGGGCUCCAACCUGGUCUUCAUGUUUCGUCUACCCUUCGCUGCUGGGAAGGUGUUCAGUGUCAGCAUGCUGGAUACUCUACUGUAUCAGUCCUUUGUGAAGGACUACAUGAUUUCCAUCACCAGACUGUUGCUGGGACUAGACUCCAUGCCUGGCUCAGGCUUCCUCUGUGCUAUGAAGAUCACUGAGGAGGACCUGUGGAUCCGCACCUAUGGUCGACUCUACCAGAAACUGUGCUCCUCCACCGGUGACAUCCCCAUCGGCAUCUACCGCACUGAAGCCCAAAAGUUACCCGUCUCUGAGUCCCAGGUGUCCAUCACAGUGGAGGACUAUGAGGACACCAGAGAGCCCAGAGAACCUCUGCUGUCCCGGAGGGGUCCCCACCGCAACUCCACCUCUUCCGAGCCCCCCUCCUCUUCCUCCCACUCCUCGGACCACCCCCUCCUCCGGCGGAAGAGCAUGCAGUGGGCCAGAAGGCUGAGCAGGAAGGGGGGGCGGGGGCCCAGCGGAUCGAAGGGGGCCACAGGAAGUGCUGCGGAGAGGAUCAGCCAGCAGAGACUGACCCUGUUCAGACGCUCUGAGAGACAGGAGCUCAACGCUCUGGUCCGCACGCGCAUGAAACACCUGGGCCUCUCAGCCACCGGAUUCAAUGGGAUGACGGACCAGGGCAACAGGUUGUCUUACAUCCUCAUCAACCCCUCUCCUGACACCAGGCUGGAGCUGCACGAUGUGGUGUACUUGAUCAGACCAGACCCUCUGUCUCUGUUGCCUAACCAGGGGGGCAGUAGAAAGGUCAGCAACAGCCGCUCCGAGGGCCACAGGUUCGACACACAGAACAGCACCCAUUUGUGA